AACGCCGUCGUUUAUAUGAGAAUACUAAAUGCCCUAUUUCUAUUCAAUUUCAAAUUGUCGGAACAUUUGGGGAUAAUAGAAUUUCAGUAAAAUCAAAUGGCUGCAGUGAGGCUCGUUCACCUGAAAACCGCGCUCCACCGCCACGGAGGGACGCCGUCGAUUCCCCCGCCGUGGACAAUAUUCCGCCUCCCUAAUAAAACCUUCCGAUUAUUUUCCACCUCCGUGUCUCCGCCGUCAAAGGCCGUCGUCUACGAGGAGCAUGGGCAGCCAGACGCCGUCUACAAAUUGAGAGAACUGCCUCCGGUUCCGAUCAAGGACGACGACGUUUGCGUCAGAAUGCUCGCUUCUCCAAUCAACCCCUCCGAUAUCAAUCGAAUCGAAGGAGUAUAUCCGGUGAGGCCGGCAGUUCCUGCUGUUGGUGGAUAUGAAGGUGUAGGAGAGGUACAUUCUGUAGGCUCUGCUGUUAAGGGACUUUUUCCAGGCGAUUGGGUCAUACCUUCUCCACCUUCUUCAGGUACAUGGCAGACAUAUGUUGUCAAAGGGCAAAAUGUGUGGCAUAGAAUUGAUAAGAGCACUCCAAUGGAAUACGCUGCCACUAUAACUGUAAACCCUUUGACUGCCCUGCGAAUGCUCGAGGACUUUGUGGAUCUAAAACCAGGAGAUGCUGUUGUUCAGAAUGGUGCUACAAGCAUUGUGGGGCAGUGCAUCAUUCAGCUUGCACGUGUUCGAGGCAUCCACUCUAUCAACAUUAUCAGAGACAGGGCGGGAUCUGAUGAAGUAAAAGAAAAGCUCAAGAAACUCGGUGCGGAUCAAGUGUUUACUGAGAGCCAGCUGGAAGUUAAAAAUUUGAAAAGUCUUCUGGCGGAUACACCAGAACCAGCAUUGGGAUUUAACUGUGUCGGUGGAAAUGCUGCUUCUUCGGUUCUAAAAUUCCUCAAGAAUGGUGGAACUAUGGUUACAUAUGGUGGAAUGUCAAAGAAACCUAUCACCGUCUCCACUUCAUCUUUCAUAUUCAAGGACUUAUCCUUGAGAGGAUUCUGGUUACAGAAAUGGAUGACCUCCGACAAAGCGAAAGAGUGCAGGGAUAUGAUUGAUUACCUUUUGAGUCUAACACGGAGUGGUGAACUGAAAUACGACAUGGAGCUGUGUCCUUUUGAUGAAUUUCCCACUGCAUUAGAUAAGGCCCUUGGAAAGCUAGGAAGUCAACCCAAGCAGGUGAUUAAAUUUUAGUCCGUGUGUAAUUUUCUGAUUCUCGAGGAUUCGAGACAUGCAAUAAAGCAAAAGAGAAAAAAAGAAUGUUUACAGAAGAGUGACAUAAUAUUUUGUCCGUUGAGUUGUAUGUUAUAUAUAAUCAGAAAAACAUAGAGCUUCAAUGUUACAAGAAUUGGUCUCCCUCGGGGCCGAGUUCUAAAAAUUUCCUCCGUAGGGUUGAUUUAUCUGGAAUGACGGUUGACUUUUUGUGAAAUAAUACACAUUUCCGUGGAUUUUCGAAGGAAAUAUUAAGGG